GUGAAUAUAGAUAUGAAAUAUGCAGUGAGUUUAAGUUAUCAGACUAGCUGAAAAUUGUAGUUAACAGUGCAAUACUGUACCGUAAGGUACAUAGCACUCCGGUUCACAAUUCCUCGCCGCAGUCGUAUCAAAAUGUCUCCCUCCGAAACAUCGGCUUGUGAGGAUCUUAAAGCAUUUGAGCGAAGAUUGACGGAAGUAGUUGCCUGCUUGCAACCCCCAACGCUACGAUGGAGAUUGCUUUUAGGGGUAACGUCGCUGAUGACUAUCGUCGGGGCGUUCUACUGGCUGACUGAUCCGCGUACGUCCAUUGUUCCACUGGUGGAAUCAUUGUUGAAUCAUUCGAUCUUCACAAUAUCGACAAUAGUACUACUAAUUCUGUUCGUGUUUGGUAUCCAUAAUCUGGUUAUCGCUCCGCACAUAAUCACAACGCGCACAAAAAAUGUUCUGGCCGAAUUCAACAUGUCUUGUGACGAAACCGGCAAGCUUAUAGUUCGUCCCAGCCGACCGACGAACAACUCCCGGUACAUGGAUGUGACCUAAGUGAAUCAUAACACCCCGACUACCGCAGCUUGCCACUAUCAUGCGUUGUAAAUACAAGAGAAUGCAACCAUGUAUUGCUUCCUCCCUUGACCUACCAACUGGUAUUCAAUGACACAUUUAACUUGCUUAUUUGCGUUUUUUACGCUGUAUUUCGUGUGUUAUACAUUUUGUUUUCUUUGACAUUAAAGAGAUUAAAUAAAUCCCCUCCCCCCCAU